AAAGGGAGUGGUUUCAUGGGUUUCUAUAACACAACGCACUUCCUUACCGGCAUUUUAGUAUUAACACGCAAAGUUGAACAGUUUUUGGUGUACUCACUAGCUAUUUAUUUAUUGUGGAACGUGUUUAACUUUACUUUAAAUAUGCUUGGCCUGUGCCUUUAUGUGCCUGUUCCGAAUUCGGAUGCGGCUGAAUUCGAGUAUUUUGAGUCCAAUGGACUACCAUCGGAGUUGAAAUCGCUCUUCAAAUUGAGUGUGUUUCUACCUUCACAAGAGUUUUCUACUUAUCAGAAAUGGAGAAAGAAAGCAGUGAAAAGUGCAGAUAAGGACCUGGAUGAGCAGAUGGUCUUCGAGGAGUUUGUGAACUAUUUGCAAGAUCAUGAGAAAGAUCUGAGACUUGUCUUCAAGAGCCUGGACAGAAGGAGAGCUGGUCAAAUAUAUUCUAAGGAAAUCAUGGAGUCACUCCAGGACCUUGGUGUUCACAUAUCACAGCAGCAUGCCGAGAAGAUCCUACAAUGCAUGGAUAAGAAUGGCACAAUGACCAUCGACUGGAAUGAGUGGAGCAACUACCCUCUGCUACACCCCAAAGAGAACAACAUCCCUGAGAUCACCCUCUACUGGAAACACUCCACGCUCUUUGAUGUAGGUGAGAAUCUGAUGGUGCCUGAUGACUUCACAACAGAGGAAAAACUGACAGGAAUGUGGUGGAGGCAUCUGGUUGCAGGCGGAGGUGCAGGAGCAGUGUCCCGAACAUUCACCGCCCCCUUAGACCGACUUAAAGUACUCAUGCAGGUCCAUGGUUCCAGUAGCAACAACAUGUGCAUCAUGAGUGGGCUCACCCAGAUGAUCAAAGAAGGUGGGAUGAGGUCGCUGUGGAGAGGGAACGGAAUGAACAUCGUCAAAAUUGCACCUGAAACUGCCAUUAAGUUCAUGGCUUAUGAGCAGAUCAAGCGUUUGAUUGGCAGUGAUAAGGAGACACUUGGCAUCCUGGAGCGUUUUGUAGCUGGCUCUAUGGCUGGAGUCAUCGCUCAGAGCACCAUCUACCCCAUGGAGGUUCUGAAAACACGGCUUGCCUUGCGAAAGACUGGUCAGUACUCUGGCAUCUCUGACUGUGCAAAGAACAUCUUUAGGAGAGAUGGACUGGGUGCCUUUUACAAGGGCUUUAUCCCCAACAUGAUGGGCAUCAUCCCCUACGCUGGAAUCGACCUGGCUGUGUAUGAGACAUUGAAGAACUCCUGGUUAGAAAAGUAUGGCACCAAAAGUACUGACCCGGGAGUGUUAGUUCUGCUUGGCUGUGGCACAAUCUCCAGCACCUGUGGUCAGCUGGCCAGCUACCCCCUAGCCCUGGUCAGGACCCGCAUGCAGGCACAAGCCAUGAUGGAGGGCAGCCCACAGAUGACAAUGUCAGGGCUCUUCAAACAAAUCAUUCAGACAGAAGGGGCCACUGGCCUCUACAGGGGCCUGGCCCCUAACUUCCUGAAGGUCAUUCCAGCUGUCAGCAUCAGCUAUGUGGUGUACGAGAACCUGAAGAUGUCGCUGGGAGUUAAGUCGCGAUGAGAAGGUGACUCACGGCAUCUGAAUGGUUCAGCUUUGAUAUGUGUGCGUGCGUGAGUGAGAUCCCUCCGAGUUGAGGCUAAGGAAUCUCUAACACUUAUGGUUUGUGGAGCCAUCUCAUUCUAUGAAUGCCAGAAGAUGGAGUAGAACAAGGGACAAUAGAAUGAAAAGACAAGGUAUCAACUCUGUGAGCUGAAAUGGAGCGGGGCGGCGUCCCUCAAUAUUGCUAUUUCUAAUAUUAUUUAAUAGUUUAUUUUAGAAGAUCAAUUGUUGAGUUAUUACCAGAAUUUGACAAUGAAUAUUGGUUAGCAACUCUAUAAUUGGGGACCAAUUCUUGCUGUUUCCAGUUUGUGGUUUUGUGCCUCUGUAAGAAUGUUCCUGUCUCUCUUUGGUUUCACUCAGUAAAUGAGGCUAUGCAACAGUGCAAACUGCACCAGACUCAUUAAGUAGAAACUACUUCAGUAAUGCACAACAAAUGUUUUUGACUAACAUUAUGUAUUCAGACAUUUUCCUUAGCAUUAAUGGGUUUUCUGAGUAGUUAUUGGUUAUCCCCCCACAUUUGCCUGAUAUGAAAAUUAUAUUUGUUCAUGUUCCUAGAAUAUAAGAAAUUGGGAAAAAGCACGUGGUGAUUAUUUCCCCUUCUCACUUGGUGCAGAGACAAUUUAUUCACACUGCCAUUUAUUUUUGUUUUUUAUUGUCUGGGUAUGACAGUUAAGAAUGGCAUGUUUUUUAUUGUCUGGGUGUGACAGUUAAGAAUGGCAUGUUUUUUAUUGUCUGGGUAUGACUGUUAAGAAUGGCAUGUUUUUUAUUGUCUGGGUAUGACAGUUAAGAAUGGCGUGUUUUUUAUUGUCUGGGUGUGACAGUUAAGAAUGGCAUGUUUUUUAUUGUCUGGGUGUGACAGUUAAGAAUGGCAUGUUUUUUAUUGUCUGGGUGUGACAGUUAAGAAUGGCAUGUUUUUUAUUGUCUGGGUGUGACAGUUAAGAAUGGCAUGUUUUUUAUUGUCUGGGUAUGACAGUUAAGAAUGGCAUGUUUUUUAUUGUCUGGGUAUGACAGUUAAGAAUGGCAUGUUUUUUAUUGUCUGGGUAUGACAGUUAAGAAUGGCAUGGUUUUUUGUUGUUCAGAACACAGCACUAACUGGCUUUAUGUUCAUAGGUUUGAUUGUUAUGGAUAACUAGAGAGAGCCAUAUUAUGUACAAGUAUUGUGGGUGUGUUUGCAAAAUAAGAUCUCAUUGGCUUCUUAUGCAAUGUUAAAGAGCAUGUAUUUAUAAACGUUUUCAAUGCAAACCAUGCAAUAAAUUAUUGCUCUAGUCCGUCCUGCAUAUUUUCACUUAAUAUAUAACUGUAAUAGUUUGUCCAUUUACAUUUAGUUGGUUAUUAUGGAAAUGCACAAUAAUUACUUCUGUGUUGAGUGCAAAUCUCUGUAUAUGAGCUCAAGUCAAGAUCAGGAGAGUCUUGGUUGUCAGGACACUUAAUCAUUGUCUUUAUACCUAAAACCAAAUAUGAUUUUAGAGCUUUGAGAAGAUCGAUGAGUAAUACUAAUGCACUUUAAUUCAUGCAGGAGACACGUGAGUGUUUUGCAUUAACUUUAGAUUGAAACUGGGAAUUCACUUCAACUUCUGUAAAUAAUAAUUUUAUUAAUUAAACAUUUUUUAUGUGCCAUUUUGUACAAUGUUCUUUGAGCAAAUAAAUGAAAAGUAUUGUAUAAUA